AUGGGCAAGCACUUCACCGUAGGCGAGUACCUGCUUGAGCGUCUCGUCCAAAUCGGUGUCAAGAGCGUGUUCGGUGUCCCCGGAGACUUCAACCUCGGCUUCCUUGACUUCGUCGAGAGCCACCCGCAUCUUGACUGGAUCGGCAACUGUAAUGAGCUGAACGCCUCCUACGCCGCUGAUGGCUACGCCCGCGUCAAAAAGGGUAGUGUCGGCGCCCUCAUUACCACUUUCGGUGUCGGCGAGUUGAGCGCGAUCAACGGUAUUGCUGGCGCGUUCUCCGAGCACAUUCCGAUCGUCCACAUCGUCGGUGUCCCCAGUACCUCUCAGCAGAGGAACAAGCCGAUGCUGCACCACACACUCGGUGAUGGGCGCUACGAUGCGUACUACAAGGCUGCUCAGCAGUUCACUGUCGCACACGCAUCACUACAGGAUGCCGCUAGCGCUCCUGCUGAGAUCGACCGUGUCCUUCAGGCCUGCAUCACGGCUGCUCGCCCCGUCUACAUCAUGCUUCCGACUGAUCUCGCCUUCUCUCCCGCCGACUCUGCCAAGGCCGCACUCGAGACUCCUUUGAAGCCAAACCCUCCCGCUGCCGAGCCAGAGGUUGAGGACUUUGCCAUUGGCGAGAUCACGAAGCUCGUCAAGGAGGCCGGCGAGGACGUUGUCGUUCUCGUCGACGCAUGCGCCGUCCGUCAUGACGUUGAGGCCGAGCUCAAGGAGUUCGUCAAGGAGACCAACUUCCCCGUCUAUGCUGCGCCGAUGGGCAAGAGCGUCGUUCCCGAGGACUACGAGCGUUACGGUGGUAUCUACAUCGGAUCAAUCUCACAUCCCGACACCAAGGAGGCGGUUGAGAGCGCGAAACUCAUCAUCUCCGUCGGCGGUGUCAAGUCCGACUUCAACACGGGUAACUUUACCUACCGCAUCGAGCCGGUCAAGACUGUCGAGCUGCACUCCGACCACACGCGCAUCCAGUAUGCUUUCUACCAGGACAUGGGCAUGAAGUCUUUGUUCCCCAAGCUCACCGCUGCCCUCAAGUCCGUCCACUCGGCUGCCAAGUCGACCGCCGUCAAGCCCUCCUUCUCCCAGCUGCCCGCACCUGGCGCCGACCCUCUCGGACCCGACGUCAUCUCGCACCUCUACCUCUGGCCGCGUGUCUCCAAGUUCUUCAGGUCGAAGGAUAUCAUCGCCGCAGAGACCGGAACAUCCUCUUUCGGUAUCCUCGACGUCCCACUACCAGCGGAUUCCAUUCUUGUCGCGCAAAUCUUGUGGGGUUCCAUCGGUUACGCCACUGGUUCGACGCUCGGUGCCGCGCUUGCUGCGCGCGAGACGAAUAUGGGCCGCACGAUCCUCUUCACCGGUGACGGAUCUAUCCAGCUCACCGUCCAGGAGCUCGCGACGAUGAUGCGCCGCGACUUGCACCCCAUCAUCUUCGUGCUCAAUAACGACGGGUACACGAUCGAGCGUUACCUGCACGGCAAGGAGGCGAAGUACAACGACAUCUCCUCAUGGAACUGGACUGGUAUCCUCGACGUCCUCGGCCCGCACGUCGAGCCCAAGCCCAAGUCGUACCGCGUGUCGACGAAGGCCGAGCUCGACGCUCUCCUCGACGACCCCGAGUUCAACAAGGCCGAGCGCAUGCAGCUCGUCGAGGUCAUCAUGGACAAGUUCGACGCGCCUGAGGCUCUCCAGCGCCAGGCUGAGCUGAGUGGCAAGACCAACGCCUACGUCUCCGAGUACCUGUAA